GUUCCGUAGGGGACACAUUUCAUCAACGGACUAGUUGCGUGUUGCGCACUUGGUGCAUGUUAUGAGUAGAUAAAAACAGUGGAUUUCAAUUUAGUUUUUUUCUAAUAUUAGACAUAAUCAUGUCUAUAUUUACGCCAACAAAUCAAAUACGACUUACCAAUGUAGCCGUGGUGCGGAUGAAAAAGGGCGGUAAGAGAUUUGAGAUCGCCUGUUAUAAAAAUAAAGUUAUGAGCUGGAGAUCAGGGGCAGAGAAAGAUCUGGAUGAGGUUAUGCAAACACACUCCGUCUUCGUGAAUGUGUCAAAGGGUCAGGUGGCCAAGAAGGAUGAUUUAACCAAAGCUUUUGGGACAGAUGAUCUGACAGAAAUCUGCAAGCAGAUAUUGGCCAAAGGCGAGCUUCAAGUGUCAGACAAAGAGAGGCAAAGUCAACUGGAGACAAUGUUCAGAGACAUUGCAACUAUUGUAGCUGAAAAGUGUGUCAACCCUGAGACCAAAAGGCCAUACACAGUCAGUCUCAUUGAAAGGGCCAUGAAGGACAUCCACUACUCUGUCAAAGCCAACAAAAGCGCUAAGCAGCAGGCACUAGAAGUCAUUCGGCAGUUGAAGGAGACCAUGGAGAUCCAGAGAGCCCACAUGAGACUGCGGUUAGUGCUCCCGGCAAAAGAGGCCAAGAGGCUAAAAGAAAAGCUUAAAACACUCCUACAGGUUGUCGAAAGUGAAGAUUUUGAUGAGGAGCUGGAAAUGGUUGUUCUGGUGGAUCCUGGCUGUUAUAGGGAAAUUGAUGAGCUCAUCCGCUGCGAGACCAAAGGCAGAGGUUCCCUUGAAGUUCUCAGUCUGAAGGAUGUGGAGGAAGGCGAUGAGAAACUAUAGCUGUUAAGACUCCAGUUAGUACACACCUACAUGUUCUCUGUAUCAAACUUACUUUAUAUAAGAAAUGCAUCUCAUAUUCAUUUUGAACAGUAUUUUAUAUUAUGCUACACAACACAACUGAUUACGAUGCACUUAAACCAAAUAUUAAUAACCUCUAAUGCUUUACUGAGGUCUGCAUGCAUUUAUCAUGGCAUCAGUGAUAAAAAGUUACAAGAUUUCAUCACAUUUACCAACAGGAACACACACAGAACAUGAUGAUUACAGUGAUGUAUUUGCUACCUUCAUAUAAAUAAAAACAAACAACAACUAAACACCUAAAUCUUAACAAAAAUGAAUAAAUACAAUUUUUUUUUUAAUUUAUGACCAUGCAAAGAGAUGGUCCAUUACCAUUUGGGUAAACGGCAAACUUCUUAAAAUGUGCAUUGAGGAAAAAGUCUGUCUUUACCAUAACAUAUAAUUUAAAAGGGUAAAAAUGUUUUUAAUUGUCAUUCUCUCAAAUAAAUUAUAUCUUGUAAACA